AUGGCUAUGAAAGGGAUUCUGGAUCGACUAGCCACGUUGGUUAAAGAAAACCAAACGAGUUUACAAAAUAUCGCGAUGAUACUGGCAAUAUUUGGCGUGACGUCAAAUAAAACUAACUUGAUUAUAGGGGUAGCUAUCUCAAAUAAAACAUGGAAACUUGUUUCUGGAUGUUGCCGUGCACCAGGAGGGAUUCUGGAUUUUUGCAGACCACGUUAUACUUGCUACGGAGGAUGUUGCGGUCUAGUCCAAGUCACUGCACAAGCCACUGUAGCUGCAUUAGUAUGGAUAUUCAUUGCAUUAAUGAACGGCAGUUACUUUGCGUGUGGAAUAUCAACUAUAGAAUGCAAAAACAAUGAAACAACUCCGGUGUUGAACGACAACGACAGGGCAAUGUCACAGACCAUUGGAUUGGCCAUGCUGUCAGUCACCAGUGGUUUAAUUCUUAUUUUGAUGUUUAUUUGGAGGAUGUGUUCGACGUUCACAUUCGAACAUAAACGAUAUGCUAAUAUUUACAAUGACAUAGAAAAAGAAGAGUUUGUCAAGAAAUCAAAGGAAAUUGCUAGGGUGAAUAUACAGAAAACUCUCGAUAAAUUUUUCGGCCAAGAGAAACUGAAAUGUAACGAUGCAAGGUCAUGGGGCCAGGUGCAGAACGCGUGGUCCAAAAUAUCAUUUGUUGGUUCAGAAUAUGCAGCUGAUUAUGGAUAUACGCCCCUACAUGAAUGGGCUAUCGACGAGCAAGAGAACAAUAAUACGGAAAAUCAAGAAGAACCGGCGCAAUUUAAUUUAGGUUAUGGCAAUUCAACAAUGGAUACCACAGAGAAUAAAGAGGAGACUUUUGAGAUGAGAGUCGUUCCUAAUGUGUCAACCUAA